ACAGGUCGGGAGCCAACCAGACGCCGCCAUUCUCCCCGUGCAGCCAAUGAGAAGCAGGGGGCGGGCGGUGGCGCCAAGCGUGGGGCUCAGUUGAAUGUGCCGGGGCGGCGGCUGCGGGAGAACAGCGUUUUAGAAUGCCAAAAAUGAUCAUGGAAAAAAAAGAAAAGAAGGCAGAAAAGAAGGCAGAAAAAAGAAAAAAGCUGAAGCAACAUGUGGCUCAAAAGGACGAGCUGGAAUUGGAAACUAAACCGAAGAAGAAGAAGCAAAAGCUGCAGGCUACAAAAGAAGAGGAAGAGCUUAUUGCAGAGGAAGAGGAAGAACUUACUCCAGAGGAAAAGAGAAAACUGGAAAGAAAAUUAAAAAAAGAGCGCAAGAAGAGGGAGAAGCAGCUGAUGAGGGAAGCUGGAAUCUCCAUUAAAAAGGUGGAGCCCAAAAAGCCAUCGGGAUGUGAGCAGGCUCUGGCCUAUUUAACCAGCUGGUCUAAAACCCCAGAUGAAUGGAAGUUUCAAAAGACAAGACAGACGUGGCUCCUCCUGCACAUGUAUGAUAAAGAGAAGGUUCCAGACAAGUAUUUCACCAUUUUACUGGAUUAUCUGCAAGGGCUUCGGGGCAAUGCACGAGACAAAACUGUGCAGAAAGCUGAAGCUUUUAUGAAAGAAUUUGAUGGUUCUGAUGGAGAAGACCCAAACCUGCUGGAGAAGUGUGAGCGCAUCAGACAAGUUCUACAGCUGCUGUCCUGAGAGUAUUUCUGUGUCAUAAUUGUUGUCUGGUGGAGGGAAGGAGAGGAUUUCACAUACAGAGGCUGUAAAGGAUUUGUAAAGAUAAUACUAAAUUUUAUACUCAUGAUUUUUUCCAACUGAAAAUAUUUAUUGUGUUUGGAGGUGAUGAAAUAAAAAAUAACAUUUAUAGCCCA